AGAAACACCCCAGAAGAGGAAGGAUCAUCACAUGUUGUAAAACUCAUCCUGUGCCAAGAGGAAGCAGAAAAACUGGUUCAUGCUUCUGUUACGCUGCAGCUCGUGUUCUGACUCGAACCAGGAACAGAGAUCAGGUUUCUCCUGUUCUAGCCUCGCUGACCUGGCUCCCUGUAACACUCAGAAUCUAUUUAAAUACAAAGACCUGGAGACAUCAGACUGGUUUUAGGACAGGAGUGACAGAGAUUCAUUCUCUUCACUUGAAUCAAGUUCUCCAUGAGGACCUUGCUAUCGUUGGCUGUUCAGAUAAAGAUGGAGAGGACAUGAUUGGACUGGAAGGUGAAGAGAUUUGGUACGCAGACUUCAAGAACAAGAAAGGAGUCGAGCCUCAGCCCAGUUUUAUAGAUCAUAUUACCUACCCACUUUAUGAACAAGCUGUGGGUGAUCUACAGAACUGCAAACAGAACCUGGCAUCAGUUCUCAGUUAUCUGAAGAACCCUCCAGUGAAACUCGAUGCUCCUUCCAGUCCGAUGGUCUACAGCAGAGACGACGUGGAGCUGGGAGAGGAGAACACCCUGAUCUGUUAUGUGACUGGUUUCUAUCCUGCUCCGGUCGACUUCUCCUGGACAAAGAACGGACAGAACGUCACCGAAGGAACCAGCGUCAACGUUCCCUACCCCAACAAAGACGCUUCCUACAACCAGUUCUCCAGCCUGGUCUUCACCCCAAAGCUUGGAGACGUUUACAGCUGUUCAGUGACACAUCUGGCCCUGGACCAACCACAGACCAGAUUCUGGGAUGUGGAGAAGACUCCGCCCAGUAUUGGACCAGCAGUGUUCUGUGGACUCGGUCUGACUGUUGGUCUGCUCGGUGUGGCUACUGGAACCUUCUUCCUCAUCAAAGGGAACGAGUGCAGCUGAUUGGUCGGGGCUGAUGAUGUCACUCAGAUGAAUAUUUUCUCUGCUGUCUGUUGAUGAUUUUAAUGUUUUUAUGUCUUUCUUCAUGUAUGGCUGCAGAUUGAAUCCAUUUCUUGUGUAAAAUGCUUCCUGCUGAAAUAUAAUCUGUGUUUAAAUAAAGUUAGUUUGUUUCCUGACAUAAUCAGAUUUAAACUGUUUCUCCAGUCUGAAGAUUUAAUCUGUUUUAAAUGAGCAUUAAUUAUUAAUAAUAAUAAUAAUAAUAUAAUCUGUUGUUGUGGUAAAUAAACAGGAUGUCCCUCGUC